UAUACAGUGAAGCACGCAGCAUCUUGGCGGCUAAAAAACACAACCUGUGAAAGUGUUUCUCCGCAGCUCCUUGUGGUGUUUUUAUUCAGCUAAUAAGUGUAACGGCAAUAACAACAGUUAAUACAUUUAUCCGUGAGGGUAAAAUAGUGAGUUUCUGGCUAAUUUUUCUAACGAAACUAGGCUUCAUAGGUUAGCUGACAAGCUAAUUUGUAGAGUUUCCGGGAGUCACAUGGAGUAGAGACAUGUAGCAACAUGUAGUUCUGCCCUGUUUGCAUCCAGCUAACAUAUCAACAGACUGUUGUAGGAGACACGUUUAUCGGAAAAAUGAGUAGCAGUGGAGCUGAGUCUGAAGAGACUGAAUGGACCAAGGCAAACCUCCAGAAGCUUCUUGCUGCUAUAAAAACCAACAUCCCUGACCGUGAGAGAAUGACUGCAUACCCCAAAGGACUGAAGAGUGUCAACUGGGAUAAGGUGGCUUUUCCUCCCUUCUCUCCUAAAGCAUGUCAAGAAAAGUGGAUGCAGAUUUUCCAGAAGAUGCGCAAAAUUCGGACCCUCACAGAGCUCAUCGAUGAAGCUGAAGGUGUCGUUUCCAAUCCUGUUCCGAACAGUAAGAUCCACCCGGAGCUCCCGAAGAGACCUGGCCCUCCAAAUUCUAUCUUUUAUGAGGAGAACUGGGCCAAGUUUCACGAGAAGCACCCAAACAUGUCCCGCAAAAAGUUGUUCAAGCGCGUAUUAAAAAAAUACCAGGCACUCCCAGAUGAAGAGAAGGAUCAAUAUGUGGAGAAAUUUAAGGUUGCUAAAGAGGAAUACAAUAGAAGGAUGUUGGAGUUCAGUAAACAUUAUACAGAAGAUCCCAAGCAUAAGUACAAGAAACAUAUGAAGAGGAAGAGAGUCACUGCAGACGCUCCAGAUCAGGAUAAACAGGAAUCUAAAGCUGCAAGUGACCUGCCUCCCAAGCCUCCUUUCAAUGGCUAUAAUCUUUUCUGCAAAGAGCAACGUGCGUCCACGACGGGGUUCUCUGGAAAUAACUAUGUGAGCAUGUGGGCCCAACGCUGGCGAGAUUUGACUGAGCAACAGAAGGACGAGUACACGACACGCUGCAAAGAGUUGCAGAGACAGUACUCAGCCCAGCUGUCGGAUUAUCUGAACAAAUUUGAUGCGCAAAAGCAGCAGCAGAUCUUAGAUGAGAAUGGCCUCAAAGCACCUAAAAUGCGGAGGGGCACAAGAAAAAGGACAAAAGAUCUUCCCGGCGAGCCCAGGAAACCCUCUCAAUGCGGUAAUGCAGUUUUCUUUCAAACUCAGAUGGAACGUCUGAAGGAUAAAAUCCCAAACUCGAGGGAGCGCUUCACCAAGGUCAGCCAAUUGUGGCAUGGCCUUUCCGAUAAGGAGAAGGAGCACUACAAACAGGAAGUACAAAAAAACAUUCAGAAAUAUAAGAUGGAGCUCCGGAAGUGGUUUAAGACACUGACGGCAACAGAGCAGGCAGCAUAUCGGAAGCAUAACAGCAGUAAAUUGAAGUUCCUUGAUGUCAAACCAACAGAAGAUGAUGAUGACAGAGAAGGAGCACGUGUUGCUGUGCACAGACCAUCAGAUUCAGAGGAUGAAGACAUUGAGUACAUCAGCAGCAGCAGCAGUGAUGAAGAGGAGGAUUUUACCAAAUUUGAGAUCCAGGAGCUGGAGGAAGACGAUGACGAUGUCAUCAUGUUUAAGGUGUAUUAGAUGAUGAUGAGAUGGACCACAGUUCACCACACAUCAAAUCCAGAGCUGGACUCUUCCAACUUCCUAAUGCUCUGUACACUGGAUCACAUCUGAGAUGAUGGACAGUUGCUCUGGUGACUGACUUUAAUGCCACAUUGUUCGGUGGCCAUGUUGCCUGGAAGGUUUCUAUCACCAGUGCUGUUGCACAUUGUGCCAUCAUCAAGAUUACAAAGUGCCUGAGGACCCCAGUUUUAACACGUGUUAUGUCAUCUUCUGUUGUGUUUACAUGCUGCAUAUCCUCUAAUAAGUUUAAACUACCACAGAGUAAACUUAACCUACUUUUGAAAACUGUUUACGAUUCACACAGAUAUGGUGGUAAAAGUGGGAGCGUAUUAGGGGCCUAGCAGCCUAAUUUUGCCCUCAAGUACUUUAAAGGUCCAGUGUGUAGGAUUUAAGGGGAUAUAUUUGCAGAAGUACAAUAUAAGUAUGUUUUUGUUUGGGGUGUCGGUGGCUUAGUGGUAGAGCAGGCACCCCAUGUAUACAAGGCUGUUGCCACAGCGGACCGGGUUCAAGUCCAGCCUGUGGCCCUUUGUUGUUUUUGUUUACCCAAAAAUAAGAAUCGUCAUGUUUGCAUUACCACGGAAUGAGCCAUUUAUAUCUACAUAGGGAGCAGGUCCUUGUCCACAGAGUCCGCCAUGUUGUACCACCAUGUUUCUACAGUAGCCAAGAAUGGACAAACCAACACUGGCUCUAGAGAGGGCCAUUAGCGUUUUCACACUGUAGUUAGCAGCCCCUCUGUGACAAGCCGAACAGCGUCGGAAAUGGACCGAUUUUCAAUGUGAAACUUUUAUUCAGUGUUUUUUGUGGUUUAAAUCCCUGAGUCAGUUUGUUGUGGAAAGGAAGAGACCUCUGCGGAUAGGUCGGUUUCCAGGUAAAACCUCCUGAAUGUAUGGAUCUUAAUUUAUCAGUGAUAAAAGGUGAGCACAGAUUAGCAGGUGCUGGGCUAGUGGCAUGUCUGCACUGAAGAAACACUGAUUUGUAGCGUGAAACUGCUUUAGUGAGUGUUUUUACUCAUUUAAAUAACCAGGGGUCAUUUAUAAAAGUGCGAAGGAUUUAUACUAAAAAUGUACGUACAGACAAGAGCCAAAAAUGGCAUGCGCCAAAAAUUACUCAACAGUUUCUACAAUCAGCCUUCCAACUCACCAUCUACAUUACUGAUUUCCCAUCUCCAAAAUGUUCGUAAGCAUGGGUUAAAGUUUCUCCCAUCAAGUCUGUUAUUAUAGAUCAUAACUUUUGUGUGGGAAGCGGCAAUGUUUAUAAAUGAGGCCCCUGAUCCAUUUGUUUAGAAGAGGAAGAGACCUCUGCAGAUAUUUAGGCUCCCAGUAAAAAAAACCCCAACCCUAGACAAUGAACACUGAAGGAAUUUUAACCAGGAGAAAUUUCAGCUGGUUGCAAUUCGCAAUCCUCACCACUAGAUGUCACUAAAUCCUACACACUGCUCCUUUAAUCUGACCCUCACCACAACAAAAUUCAGCUACUGAAAAAAAGGUGAGCACACAUAAGCAGGUGCUGGGCUAGCAGCGCAUCUGCAACAAGCCGAACAGCUUAGAAGAAAUGCUGAUAUGUGGCGUUAAACUGCUGUAGUCAGUGUUUUUACUAACUUAACUAACCUUGAGUGUUUGUUUUGAAGAGGAAGAGACCUCUGCGGAUUUUUCAGCCUCCAUAAAAACCUCUUGAAGAAGGAACACUGAACAAAUUUUGAAUUUCAGCUGGUUGCAAUUUGCAAUCCUCACCACUAGGUGCCACUAAAUCCCACACACGGCUCCUUUAAUCUGACCUUAACCACAACAAAUAACAUCUAAUUAGUGUAGAAAUUAUGACACUGAUUGUACUAUUGCUGAGCUAAUUUUACUUCUACCUCUACUUUUAAAUAAUGACAAGUAUGGAUAUUAUUUUAGAGAGAAAGCACGACCAGGGUUUACUUUCUGAUUGUCUUAUUUAAGUUCGAUGUUGUCAGAAUUAGUUGUUUUUGUUAUAAUUGUGUGGGGGGAAAAAAACAAAAGAAUAUACUGAGGCAAGCAUUGUUCUUUUAUGUUGUUGUUUGUGAAUCCCAGAAAAGAGAUAUUUCCAAUAAACAUGCUGUGAUUCA